AUGGCUUUUCCUUCGUUUUCCUCAUAUCUUGAUCUCCAAGCAUUCAUACUUCCAGAAAUGGAACGUCGGGAAGUUUACACAACACAACAGCCAGAUGGAACCUAUGUUACUACAACGACCAGAGAACAAACGAAGUACAAAGAACAAAGUGUUUGGUCAUGUGCCCGUGGUCCUACUGACAAGAACUACUGUAUGGGACCUUUGGGUCUUCUGAGAAUUGCACAGAUUUUCCUUUGUGUCGUGAUCGUUUGUUUGAUAACAUCGGUCUUUGGUCCAGGACCAUUCAAAGGAGUUCUCUUCGGCCAAACUCUUCUUCUAACCGUUGCCAGUGUGGCAAUGCUUCUCACUUUCAUUUUUUUGAUUGCCUACUUCUUCACUCUUCAUCUCUCUCAUCUCGAUUUCUUCUGUUGGCGGGAGGCUGAUUUGACAUUCAACGUUGUUUGCGCUUUUCUUUUCUUUGUUCUUUCCAUUGUUGAGGCUUACUAUUCCACUGGAAGUUGGUCUAACAAUUGUAACGAUAUUGGAUCCGAUGGAAUCAUUCACAAUGGAUGCAGAAUUAUCUACGAAUGGGCAUUUGCUUCUUUCCUCACAUUCGCUCUAGCGAUUCUGUACGCUUUGUCUGCCUGGCUAUCUCACCAAAACCGUCAUUCUCUCCAUGACAGAAAUCGAGAAAACCUUUACUAA